GCUUGGUCUAUUUUUAAACAUGGAGCUUAAGAAGAUAAACAUUUCUUAAAUGUUGUGCAGUGGAAAGAAAACACAGCACGGCUGACGGGCGGAUAAAGAAGCUUGCCAUGUUAGCGACAUAUCGAGUUUAAAUGUCGAGUUAAUGUGAAGAAAAGACGUUUGACGCACGAGGACACAACGAGGACAUUUGUGGCUUAAAUGUUGACGGGACUGUAAUGGAUCAUGGAAACAAUGUGGACUUCGUCAAACAUCCUGAUGGAAACGCUGCUACAACGACAGGAGAGUCUGGAUCUUCAGAAGGGGAGAAGAAGGCGUGCACGUCCUGUACAGCAACAGAAGAGCAGAACACACAUGGUUCAUGGUCACAGAGGACCAUCUCUCGUUUACUCCGAAGCACAUUUAAUCCGCGUAUGAGAUGGUUGUUUCCUGGCCAAAGUCAAGAUGACUCCGAGGAGGAGGAAGAAGAAGGAAAUUUAGUCAAGGCCUACAACCUGGUGUCCCGCUCUUCUGCACGUCUUGUACGUUUGCAACACGCCCUUCUGAGUGUGGCAAUGCAGUGGCAACAUGUUGGCGCUCCUCACAAGGUCUGCAUCAAAGGCCUCCCAGCGGAGGGCAAGCUUUACUUUGUGCCCUCCUCACCCUCCCUGAACGAACACUACCACGCUCUGUGGAGGCUCAUGGAGCAGAGAUCGUUGCUGCUCUUCAUCCACGAAUACACCAGGAGGGCUCAUCUCACUGCUGCGUACAUAUCCAAAGUGAGCCAGCUACUCGAAGAUCGCUUCUGGAAGUCACACUGGACAUCUGACCAGACUCCACAUCUGUGCUCUUCAGUCAGAGUCCAUCUUAGCUCCUUGUGCCAGGAGUUCCGGAUUCAUCUCAACCACUGGUCUUGCCUGUCUGCAAAAGUCCAGUCUGAUCCUCACCUGAGGCGUGCUCUGGGCCGGCAUAACAAGUUGCUGAGAGACAUCAGACAGACUCUUGACUUGCUUCGACUGCAGGCGUUGGUUUUAAUGGAGCGUUAUGUGAAUGCUGUUCUGUCCGCUGUGGCGCACGCUGAUAUGGACCACCUACCAAGGGAAGUCCUGGCAGAUAUUCUGGAUAGUACAGACCUGUACAGCCAAGCAGUGGAGGAGCAGCGACUACAACACAGCAUCACUGAGCCGAGAAGUCACAUAUCACAACAGACAAUGAGUCAAAGACAUCACCCCGCUGCUGUUUCAGUCAAGGACCUACUGAGUAUUCUAGCGGUCCAACAUGCAAACAUGGCAGCCAAUCAGCUCCAUCGCUGGACUUACCAGCAGUGUUUGUGUCCAUCACACACUAAACAAAACAAUCUACCGGUCAGAUUACCUUCUCUGGCAACUUGGAAGCAGUUGCAGGACAAUUUCUUUAUUUCUUGCUCCUCUACUAAGACGUGCCAUCUUUACACUCCUGAAGUUCACUUUGAAAAAGGAAAACACUCCAACCGGUGCCAAACAUGUUUACACAAGACUGGUCCAGUCCGGACACACCUAGAAUGUAAAAAAAACUCCCAGCAUUUUCCACCUAUGUCCUUCAGCCAUUUGUCGACCAUCCCUCUCUUCCGACUUUGCCAGCAAGACCGAUCCAAAGUGGAGCUUCUUUUUCACAUGCUCGCUUCCUCCAAUGAUCUGCUGCUUCCACUGGCAUCGGAUCCAUCACUAGCAGAGACAACGAUACAAACGUUGCACUGUGAUGAUACAACUCGAAAAGCUGACCAGAAGCUUGAAACGUUAAAGCAAAAGACCAAGGAUUGUAGUAUAGAGGGAAAUGACCAAGAAGUUGUCCAACUGGAGAUAACCGCCACACUGGCAGGCCAUCACAGCUCCGGUGAUGGACAACCAGGCCCCAAACAAACCGCCGAGCAUGAACAUCGCUCCGUUCAGUGGUUGGACUUGGAUCAGUCGUUGGCUUUGGAUGAUCUGCUGGGGCACUACCACACCCUUCUGUGGGCUCGCUGCGGCAAAGCACUGCGGCUGCAGAUGCACGUACCACUAGAGGGAAGACGCGUCGGUAGCAUCAACCUCCACGACAACCACAGGUGUUUUCAAGUCCUGCAGAUAAUCAGCCAGGCCUCUAAGACAGAUUUACUUCCAAAGGAGGGCAGAGCCAUGCUGGAGGAGUUCAGUCUAAAUAUGUUAGUCAGCACAGCGCAUGCUCAGUGGGACUACGCGGUGUGCAGAAGUUUAGGAGCGGCUUUGAAUGACAAGUGUCAAACACAUGUCAAUCAGCGUGGCCGGUUUUUGACACCAUCGUUCAAUCGCAACGAUAGUGUGAUGAUGUCACUGACUGCGGAAAACCUGCUGCAGCUUCCUCCACCUCUACUGUCCUGUGUGUCCUACUGCGGUGCUGCAAGUUCCUUGAACCUCUUGCCAUCAUGGAACGCGCUCUGCAGAUGGACCAUUAACUCGAUGUUAGCCACAGUCCAGCUAGCCACAGUGUGGCUAAUGUCGAAGGCCUACCAGUUCCUCUCCUCAUGGAGCCUUAACAAGUUCCUACUCAUUACACAAGGAGACCUGAAUGUGCUGAGAGAGUCACUGGACACAAUGGUGCAGCAGACCACAUGCUUGAAGAUCGACUCGGACGGUCUUUCCGCUCUUCACAUUCACAACCAGCUGCUAUUCACGCAGCAGCGCACAAAGCUAGACGUGGCUGUAUCUCAACUGCAGACCCUUUCUUCUCUGGUGCUGGAGACCUUUUCCAAUGACUGCAAAAGAAUAUCUGCUGACGCCUUUGAGCAAACCAUGCCCCCUGCUGGACACUGGAGACUCAACCACAGGCCAGGCUUUCCCAGCAGUCCCAGUGAAUAUGCGUCUCUAGCGGCUCAGAACAUCAUCGGUCAGGUUUUGGAGGGGGUGACAUCGUUGUCUGAUGAUGCCUGCAUCCAAGCUCUCAGUGUAAGCACGACUGCCUUCAUGGAGGCAUGGAUGGAACACAUCCUCAAGCACAAGAUCAAAUUCAGUGUUCAGGGAGCGCUCCAACUCAAGCAGGACUUUGACUCCAUCAGAGAACUGAUUUGCUCGAACGCGUACGGUCUGCCAGAGGAACGCCUUCAGCCAUUACUCGGCCUCAGAGUCUUUCAGCAGGUGGACUCUGCAGUCUUGUGCCUGCUUCAGCAGCCCCACGUGAAACCGUAUCUUCACAGCACAGCUUGGGAGCCUUUCACACGCUGCUGUGCCACUAAGCGCAGCAGAGACAGUUUGAAUGCUGCAGUGGGCAGCAGUAUUUCCAAUCUGAGGGGUAUGGCAGGCGAAGAUAUGACUCAGUCCAAUCCUUCAGUUGUGACCACUGACAUCCCUUCAGUAGACCCAUUCAUUCCUGGAGAGCCCUACCUUGCACCGAGUUUGGCUCUGGGUGCUUCUCAACAAGACUGGCUGGACCUGAGAAUCCAUAACGGUUGUCGACGCUGGAGGUUGCCAGGACUGCAGUGUCUUUCCAAGUCUGAACCCUGAAUUACACUCACCCAUACAUCACACUUUUAUGCUGCUUCAAGCAAAAUCACUGUGAAACAAGUAUUAUUAUAUAUUAGUGCUUUAUUUCUUUCUUUAUGACAGAAAAAAAUAAUGCAAGCUCUUUAAAAUAAAGACAAGCAUUGAAUUCCUAAUAAAGAAACUGUGUGUGUACAUGUUAUGCACAAAAUUCAAUCCAAAUGCAUUUCUGUAAAUAUU